UUAAUUUGUGGUAUCGGAAUGAACACUAUCCUAUCCUUUUUCCACAAACACGUGAAGCUAACCAUGGUGCUACUGCUAUCUUAAACUAAGCUCUUCCAAAAUUACGACACCCAUAACAUGGCCGAGAACGAAACGAUUCGUUUCGGCAUCAUAGGCUGCGCCAACAUCGCCAGAAAACUAGCUCGAGCCAUUGCUCUCGCCCCCAACGCCACACUCUCCGCCAUCGCCAGCCGCUCCAAGCAAAAGGCCAACACCUUCGCCGCCGAGAAUCAGUUACCAGCCACCGUGAGAAUCUACGGCAGCUACGACGAGGUGGUGGAGGACCCCGGCGUGGACGCCGUGUACAUUCCCCUCCCUACGAGCCUCCACGUGCGGUGGGCGGUUGCGGCGGCGAGUAAGGGGAAGCACGUGCUGGUGGAGAAGCCCGCGGCGCUUGACGUGGCGCAGCUAGAUCUGAUCUUAGAAGCGUGCGAAUCCAACGGCGUACAGUUCAUGGAUGGGAGUAUGUGGCUUCAUCACCCUAGGACUGCCCACAUGGAACAAUUGCUCUCUCUUUCUCAUUCCACCACUGUUGGACCAGUUCAGUUUAUCCAUAGCACUUCAACAAUGCCAGUACCACCCGAAUUCUUAGAGAACAACAUCAGAGUAAAGCCAGACUUGGAUGGCCUUGGUGCACUUGGUGACUUGGGCUGGUAUUGCAUUGGUGCUUCUUUGUGGGCAAAGAGCUACAACCUCCCAACCACGGUCACCGCUCUUCCAGACAUCACCCGAAAUGCUGCUGGAGUCAUACUGUCUUUCACAGCCUCUCUGCAGUGGUGCCAAGGCCAACAACCAGCAGACCAAGCAGUUGCAACAGUUCACUGCUCAUUUCUUUCUCACACAUCCAUGGACUUGAGCCUUUGUGGUUCCAAUGGGUCCCUGCAUCUCAAGGACUUCAUAAUCCCCUAUCAGGAGACUGAUGCUUCCUUUGACUUCACAUUUGGUGCAAAGUUUGUGGACCUUCACAUUGGGUGGAAUGUGAGACCAGAGGAAGUUCAUGUGGACAAUGAGCUCCCACAAGAGGCUCUCAUGGUGCAAGAACUUGCUAGGCUUGCUACAAGCAUUAGAGAUUGCGGGUCCAAACCCUCUUCCAAAUGGCCUGAAAUUAGUAGAAAGACUCAACUGGUUGUUGAUGCUGUGAGGAAAUCCAUAGAGAUUGGCUUCAAACCAGUUGCUUUGUAAAUAGUUGUAAAAUCAUUAUAGAUCAACUUAUUUUUCCUCAGAAUCAAUUCUGGCGCCCAGAAGUUACUCGCUGAAGCUUCUCCCCAGUAUCGAUUUUGGCUUUAGAAUAAAUGUUGAAGGAUUUCUAGACAUGCUUGAAGCAGCGACCAUGAAUAAUGAUGGAGCCAUGUUAAUUAUCCAGGUCUGAUGCUCAAUGUUGUCACUAGUGAACAAAUAAUGAAUAUUUCCAUGAAGUAGCUGAAAGUGCAGUAAGUUGCACAUAAUAUUUAGCCAAUGAUUGUUUAGAAGUUCAUUAACUAAAAAGCACUAGUUGGUUGUAAAUUACAUGUUUUUCAAGUGUAGGUUACAUAUAUGACAGUAGCAUCUUAUCUUAUUUUUUAAAUUACACUUGCACCUAUUUCAAUUGCCA